CGCGGGAAAGAAGUCAGCUGUCACCAUUUGUGCGAAGACAAGCGGAAUAAUUGCGAUAAAUAAAAGCAGAAUAGCGACAGACAAUUGCACAAACCUGAUUCAUGUUGUAACCAAAACAAACUACUAGCAUUACAGUACAUAUAUCAAGUAUUUGCUGAGCGUUUUGCAGGUGAAUUUCGCAAAGCAAUUCCCUAGUCGGACAAAAGCAGAACCUCUAAAAAAAGCGCGCAGUCGAAGGAGUCUUUAAAAUAUCGGUCUACGCUCUGCAAUCUCCGAGGUACAGUCAUGGCCAAGGUGCACAUCACCAACGUGGUGGUGCUGGACAACCCGAGCAGCUUCUUCAACCCCUUUCAGUUCGAACUCACGUUCGAGUGCAUUGAGGAGCUAAAAGAGGAUCUAGAGUGGAAGAUGAUCUAUGUAGGCUCGGCGGAGUCCGAGGAGCACGACCAGGUGCUGGACACCAUAUACGUGGGACCUGUGCCUGAGGGGCGACACAUCUUUGUCUUCCAGGCGGAUCCGCCAGACGUCAGCAAGAUCCCGGAACCGGAUGCGGUGGGCGUUACCAUUGUUCUGCUUACCUGCUCCUACCGCGGCCAGGAGUUCGUCCGCGUGGGCUACUAUGUGAAUAACGACUACGCUGACCCGGAGAUGCGCGAGAACCCGCCAACAAAGCCUCUUUUCGAGAAGCUGACGCGAAACAUCCUGGCCAGCAAGCCGCGCGUCACCCGAUUCAAAAUCAAUUGGGACUACGGGCACAUCAACGGGAAUGGAAAUGGCGUGGAGAACGGCCAUCAAGAUGAGAUGGCCACCGAUGGACCGUCCACAUCGGAGGCGGCUUCAGCAGUUAUCCAUCCCGAAGAUGAUAAUAGUUUGGCCAUGCCAAUGGAGAACGGAAUCAAGGCCUUGAACGAGAACUCCAACUCACUGGCCAUGGAAUGUUGAGAGCUGCCGGCAGUCCGAACAAUGACCACACUAACACACUGUCUCUCACUUAAACCAACAUGGGCAACAAUGGAUAACUUAGCACUCCUGGUCCUCGUCCCUCUUUUUACUUCUAAGUAACUAAGAUUAAAGCAAAAAUAUAUGUAUACAUUAAAUUAUUUCACAAAACAUGCAUUUUCUUAGCUAUAUUUGACUUUUCUGUGCGCACUUAUUUGUGUUUGAAGAAUGACUAAUACGUUCAUGGCAAAGUUCAGUUGGCCGUGUUCAAUAGAAAUGAUACCCUUUUUUUUAUUAAGAAACUCUAUUAUCAAUUAUUGCACUUGUACAGCAUUAAUGCCUAAAUAGAAAUAAUAAGCAUAUUCUUGAAAGAAACUCCGUUUUCAAUAAUUGAAUUUUGUACAGAACUGAUUUUUUGUCUAAAUGAUUUAUAUGAUUUUUUUGUUGUUUAAAAACAAGUUAAGUAAAAAAUGGGAAAAAUUCACAUCAGAUUGGAAGAGAAAUUUAAUAUUAUCAGGACGGCAUUUUAUUAUAUUUAAUUAUAUCUAAAAAUAUUCAUAAACCUG